CUUCUAAAGGUGAGUUCUGAAAGAAUGAUGACGUGAAACGAUGAAGUCUUGCUGUGUUGUCACCAUCUGUUUACACAGGAACAAAGUGCUUCAAAGCAAACAUGAUGAAAUAAACAGACGAGUCAAGUUGCGAAAAACGGCAAGGCUACAUUGCAAAAUGGCUCCAGAACGGAAGAUAUCUCGAUAACGUUUUUGAAACAAAUUACAGCCAGAGGAAAUAGUUAUUAUUUGUUCUAAGUACGCAGUAGUUCUGCGUGCGUCUCUACUGCGCGAGGAUGAACGUGGGUACAGCGCACAGUGAGGUCAAUCCAAACACACGAGUGAUGAACAGCAGGGGUAUAUGGCUCUCCUAUUUGCUUGGCAUCGGCCUCCUACACAUCAUAUUGCUCAGCAUACCCUUCGUCAGCGUGCCUGUGGUCUGGACCCUCACCAACCUCAUCCACAACUUGUGCAUGUAUAUCUUCCUACACACGGUAAAAGGAACACCGUUUGAGACUCCGGACCAAGGCAAGGCCCGGCUUCUGACCCACUGGGAACAGAUGGACUACGGGGUCCAGUUCACCGCCUCUCGAAAGUUUCUCACCAUCACCCCUAUUAUACUGUAUUUCCUGACCAGUUUCUAUACAAAGUAUGACAGGGUCCACUUCAUCAUCAACACCAUUUCCCUGCUCACUGUGCUUGUCCCCAAACUGCCUCAGUUCCACGGAGUCCGUCUCUUUGGAAUUAAUAAGUACUGACGAGGCUUUGAUCUUCAGCACAAGAGGAUGUGUGGGAAUAAAAAAUGGGGAAAUUUAGGGCUUCAUCGGAUGCUCUGCUGCUUUGCGGUCAAAGUGGCCGAAUACUCUGCUAUGGUAUCACUUUUACUGAUGUUUUUUGUAUAACAUUCAGUAGAUACAUACACAUUUGUAGAACCACGAGCAGAAUGCAGAAAAAGAGGGUCUCUGGAUAUGUUAGGACCACCGUUAUACUCCUUAUCGAAAUGGAGAGUGUUGGUUAACUGCGGUAUGUACGUCAUUUAGACCCAUGUGUUAGAUUUCAGUCACUUUGGCAGAAAUGCUACAUUGAUGCAGUGUAUCAGAUGGGUCAAAAUAGGCUGGUUCAUCUCUUCUUAACUGUUUUGGGGGCCUGAGUCAGCACUGAAGAAAGUGUACAAGGCUAUUUUUAGCCAAAAGACUGGCUUUUGUUAGACAAUGUCACCCUGUCCUGAUAAAACGUUUGCCAGAUCCGUAAAUGCACAACCUGUUAAAAUUUUUUAAUCAUGUGUUGGUUGCAGAACUACAUAUCUAGUCUUUCACAACUCUUUUAUACAUGCGCGCAUGGGAAUUAAAAACCUGUAAGAGUGGCUUCAGAUGGGGAGAACGGGAUUGGAACUUUUUUUUUUCCCCAGGAGAGAAACCGCAGACUAACUGUGCAUAUGACCUUUAGACCACAAAUCUGUCUCUUUGGACACUUGUGUACAGCUACUGCACUUCAUGUCCAGGUCUGAGUGAGGAUAGAUUAAAUGGUAAUGCAUAUUGGUAAAAAUUGUGAUAUUUCUGUGAAGCAUCAUCAAAAUGUGUAUUAGAUGUGUAAGUUCUUAUCAUAGUUUGCGGUCAAUCACAAUGUUCACUUUUACCAUGUCGGUCUCACAAAGGCAGUAACUGAAACAGCUUUUUAAAAUUUAAUUAGCCAUUUCAAAGCAAACCUGUCUGUCACAGUACAGAUCUACAGAUUUUAGUUUUGACCAAAUAUGGAGCUACUGCAUUUUGCUUUUGUACAGCAGUAUGGACUGAUGACAGGCCCUGAGAUAUGCAUUUUGCAUUUGACGGUACUAUACUGAGCAUAACUUAUAAUAAUUAAUAAUUGUACUAAAACGUUAUAUUGGAAUGAUGUAUGGUCUGUGACUAACCCAAGUACUUACCAAGAAAGAUUCACAAAAGGUUGUUUUGAAAAUGACAUUGCUUGGCUUUAUUGUCUAAUACAGCAUUUCACUGUCAUUUUUAGUAGCUGUUAUAUUAGUGUCUCCGUCAUGCUUCGUGUGGAUUUUGUUUUAUUGCUGCCCUCUCUUCAGUGGUACGGAUAACUAUCAGAACAAUUAUGAAACCAGUAAUCCUGCAUACAUUGAGCAAUGCCUUAUCUAGCAGAUCAGUUGACCUUCUUAGUUUGCUUUGUUAGUCUUAUUCUGUGUUUUUUCAACAUUUUGUGACAGAUGCUUGUUUAUUUUUGACAUGAUCGGUAUAUUACUUAUUAUUACAAUGGUAGAAACUGUAUUUUGCAAAUACUUUUAUUACUUCAUAAUUGAUAUGUUGACAGGGGACCUUUCGCAAUCGUGUUUAAUGCAACUGCAGAUCAGCAUUGUGACAGGUCUGAUACGAUGAGAAAAUCAUUUUUGCUGUUGAUUGUUCAUUUAGUGCUCAUUUGUUCAUCAGCUGGGCUUCAGUUCUCAUCAUUUGUCUCUCGUUCAACUGGCUUCAUCAGUUGUAGCUAAUGGGGUGCUCCCUGAAAUUAAAUUUUGUCAAAGGCUGUAUUAGUACAUUUACACUGCUAUUAAAUCGUGUCUAAUCUUUUGUUACAGAGUUUAUACUGCAAGCAGUGAAUCUUUAUGUUUUGGGAGCUGUGAGAACAAGAACUCCGGCUUGAGAAGUCGGUCUGUUGUGGUGUGGUGUAAUCUGAGGUGUUGCGUACCGUGCUGCAUCUGGCAGGAUGCUGAUGUCUUUUAGGUGCUGCAGAGCCUCUUGGAAAGAUUGUCAGUUGUGGUACUGUUCUGCCGUCUCUUAUUCAACAGUUUCUCCUGUUUACAUUCACACAGUGAUUGUGAUUGACAGCAGCAGUGAAGCGACUCUCAUCAGCAAUUCACUAGCUGCUCGGCGGGAUGCUGUGCAAGGUUAAACAGCAGGGAUAGUCUUCUCUUGUGACUGAUGAAGCGUAUUCAUCAGUUAAUGUGAAACAAUGCACAGUAAUGAAUGAAUGAAUUCUACCUGACAUUUUACAAUGAGCCAGAUGAAUAAAAACAGACAUUUAAAGGGAUAGUUACUCACUUACUCACCCUCGUCUCAUUCCAAAGCUGAUUUUCUUUGUUGUUUGGAACACAAAAUUAUAUUUUGAAGACUGUUUCAACUUUUCUGUACAAUACAAGCAACAUUACACCCCAUUCACUUAUUGUAUGGUCAAGUGAUGAAAAAAAAAAAGUAUCCGGGUUUGGAACGACGUGAGGGUGAGUAAAUUAUCUCAGAAUUUUUGUUUUUGGAUGAACUAUUCCUUGAUCUAUGGCUUCAACUUAGAUCAAACCAGGAAAAUGACAUUUCAGAGAUGAUUUAAUCUAGUUUAACAAAUGAGAAAAUGUACAUUAAAGACAGCAACAAUAUUAAGAAAGCACCACGCCAGUGUUCCAGUGUGCAACAUGACUCAGGGCUGUGCUCUUUGUGCAACUUUUUAAACAUUGACUGGGUGAGAGUCGGUCAGAAUGGUCGAGAGUGAGGCCUCAUGUGUCAGUGUCAGCUCUCCAUUACUAGCUACAGUCUGUGUGAGCUGUCUAUCACCCUGUCAACACCUCAGUGAGCAGAUCCAUUCCAAACAUGAGGUGUUUCCUUCCUUCUGCACACAUUUUACAGUGGUCUUUUUCACUAGCACAAUUUUAUGACACCCCAGAUGUUUUAUUUUUAAAAUAUUGUAUGCUAUGUUUUGGUGUUUAUUGCAUUUCAGUAUCAUAAGCUGUAAAAAGUGCACCUGUAGCAUUUAAGAUUAUGCAGUGUUAUUUAUUUUUGCUCAUUAAAAAAUGGAAAACAUA